GUGAAUCCAUUGUGGGUUUGUGUUCUGUUAAGACUUAAUAAGAGGUAGGCUUAAUGCGGUUUUUGUACUAUGGUGCAAAAUGAAUGGUUUUCUAAUUAAGUUACAUUUCAUUAAAGUCUUGGACCAGUUAAUUAAAGAGAAAAAGAUCCAUAAGUUUGAGGUCUGUGUAGAGAUGCUCUUUGAGGAGGUAUAAAAUUUUGACAUCUCACAUAUUCAGUAUUUAUCCGAACUGUUUCCGCAAAGCGGAUCUGAAACCCCUAAUGCGAUUGUGUUCUGGAGAGUCUAAUAUAUCCAACCAAUCCAGCGACAUGACCAGUAAAAAUUCUAGUAUGUUCUACACUGUUGAGGUAGGCGAUGCCCAGUUUACAAUUCUUAAGCGUUACCAGAAUCUUCGGCCUAUUGGUUCAGGUGCUCAAGGAAUUGUCUGUUCUGCUCUUGACAAAGUAACAGAUCAACAUGUAGCUAUUAAGAAACUCAGCAGACCUUUCCAGAAUGUAACUCAUGCCAAAAGGGCUUAUAGAGAAUUUAAACUGAUGAAGCUAGUGAACCACAAAAAUAUUAUAGGUCUUCUAAAUGCAUUCACACCACAAAAAUCUUUAGAAGAAUUUCAAGAUGUGUAUCUUGUAAUGGAAUUGAUGGAUGCUAAUCUGUGCCAAGUAAUUCAGAUGGACUUAGACCACGAACGGAUGUCAUAUCUUCUUUACCAGAUGUUAUGUGGUAUUAAACAUCUCCAUUCAGCUGGCAUUAUACACAGGGACUUAAAACCCAGCAACAUAGUAGUGAAAUCAGACUGUACCCUGAAGAUUUUAGACUUUGGUUUAGCUAGGACAGCAGGAACUACUUUUAUGAUGACCCCAUAUGUAGUGACAAGGUAUUACAGAGCUCCAGAGGUCAUCCUAGGAAUGGGUUAUAAGGAUAAUGUUGACAUCUGGUCGGUAGGUUGUAUCAUGGGAGAAAUGAUUCGUGGAAAUGUGCUUUUCCCAGGAACUGACCAUAUUGAUCAGUGGAAUAAAAUCAUUGAGCAGUUAGGAACUCCUUCCCCCGAUUUCAUGAGAAGACUCCAACCCACAGUCAGAAACUAUGUGGAAAAUAGGCCCAGAUAUGCAGGUUACUCUUUUGAGAGGAUGUUUCCAGAUGUACUUUUUCCUGCCGACAGCUCAGAACAUAGUAAAUUGAAAGCAAGCCAGGCUCGAGACCUAUUGUCUAAGAUGUUAGUAAUUGAUCCUGAAAGAAGAAUAUCUGUUGAUCAGGCACUCAUGCAUGCAUACAUUAACGUUUGGUAUGAGGAAACUGAAGUCCAUGCUCCUGCUCCAGGCCCCUAUGAUCACUCUGUUGAUGAAAGAGAACAUACAGUGGAGCAAUGGAAAGCACUUAUUUAUGAAGAAGUUUUGGAAUAUGAACAAACACACAAUACACUGGGCCUAUCAAUAACUCCACACCACAACUCUCAAGCAGAUGAUGCAAUAGAAGAUGGAAUACCAGAACAGUCAGCUAAUGGUGCUGUGAACUCGUACAGAAGAAGAAGAUAGAGAAAAGGUUCCUUAAAAGGAUUGCUUCCACCUAGGUCCCCCCUUUACUUUCCUUCAGGAAAAGGCUGGCACAUUGUUGCAAAACUUCUUUUAUCCCAAGUUUUCAAAUCCAAUAGGUCAGAACAUCUGAGGUCUGUGUACAAACUAGUCCACUCAAUUUGAUGUGUAAUAUAAUUAUAUUGUUUAAAAAUUUUUGUUGCUUUUCUUUGAUCGAGAGAGAGAAGAAAAAAAACUUUUAAAAACACAUAUUCAGCAGGUCAUGCUCAUCAUUAUUGUACUACCCUAAAAAAGUAGUUCUACAUGACCAUGUAAUCCAAACUAGCUGCUUUCAGCUUCUGUAAUUAUUAUUAGCAAUUGUUGAUGAGUGAAAUUUCAAUGUCUCUUGACUUAUUUUUAUGUUAUGUAUGUUCCUGUUUGCAACAAAAAUAUAGUAUGUGCAUUAACAAUUUGACAUUGAAAACAUGGUUGUGAAGCGGUAUGGUUUCUUACAUUGUUUGCCCUCUGAUGUUGAUAUAAUUUGGCCUGGAGGAGGAAGGGGGUUCUGAUUCACCUUGCUAAUGAAUACAAAACCCAAGAAAAGUAGACAUUAAAGCUUAGAAAUAAAAAGCAUUCUUUACAAAAAUAAAAAUAACUUAAAAGCUUUAAUUUUGCACUGCUGCAUCAAUGAUUUUGUUAAGAAAAAUACUCAGCUUUAUAUUUUAUUUUCUUCGCAUUUUUUGGCAACCACAAUAUUGUGAAUAAUUCCUAAUUUCUGAAGUAUUAAGUAUUUAUCAUACCUGCUUAGCUGAGUAUGUGAUGUAAGCACUUUUAAAAAGAAUUAUUUCAGAGCAAAACUUAAUAAAUUAUCCAUUUGUAAUUUUAAAUUUUGUCCCCUAAUUAGAUACUGAAGAUAAAAAAACAUUUUAUAUAAAUCAAAACUUGAUCUGGUAUCCAGUUGCUUACUACACUCAAGUUUUAACAUAAAUAAAAAAACUUGAGGUAUGCUGCAAAAACCUUUUUUUCUGUGCACUUGCUUAACACAACCUUUCUCUGUGUAAAUGAGAGUUUUUAAUAUGUCAAUAUAAAAAAAUGUGUUUUAGUAUGUAGCUUGAAAUUGUUAGUCGUAUAUUAAUACUUAAAUUAGACGUAUUACAGUUAACUUCUGAUUGUUAGUUUUGUCCAGUAUUUAGGUACCUUUACGUUGUUGGAAAAGCUCAAAAGUACAAGAAAAUGUGUGCGUUCUAAGUGUAAUGAAACUGCAACAUUAAGUACUAAAAUAGUUAAUUUGUGAGCAAACAUUGUGCAAUUGAUACCUAGAAAUGGAAAUUUUAGAAUUUAAGCAGUUUCUAUUGUCAUGAUUAAUGUAUAAGUAAGAUUUUUUAUGGAAAGUUCAAUUUGUUCAUUUGUCAGAGAAGAAUUAAGAGUUACUGUUUUUAUUUUGUUUUAUGAAACUGUUAGGCUGCUUUAAGGUAGCUAUCUGUUUUAUGUGAACUGUUCAUCAUCAUGUGUGAAGAUAAUUUCGUAAUUACUGAUAAGGCACUGUGUUAAAUUUUUGUACUUGAGAAUACUUUUUCUAAAUUUUAUUAGCAUUUUUUAUGUACAGAAAAAAUUACUUAACCUCUUCUUCUGAAUGUAUUGAAAUAUUAAUUCUUAUUUGUGCAAUGGAAAUUUAUUGACUGUAGACAAGACAGAGUAAGGGGCAUGUUUAAAAGUGAUGUGAGGUAUAGAUAUGAUAUGAUUUUCUUUGAUGCUCACUUCUCUUUGCCAAUUUGAAAGAAAAAAAAUACUUCAAUAUUUUUUUAAAUUCAACCGGUGGAUACAUUUGAUAGAUACCAAGAUAAAUAUUCAAUUCUGAUAUGGUUAUUUAUGCCUUUUACAACAUGUUUAUCGUGAGAAAUACUUCAACCUCCACUUUAGCCAGGCACUGACCAAGAUGACUGCUAUAGUGACAUUAAGAACCAUGUAACUUGACAGUCAAUGAAACUUGAAACAAAAUAAGAUCACUUUCAAGAUAUUUAACAGUGUAAUAAUUGGAGUAUUCAGAGGCAGGAGUCCACUGUUAAUAUCUGAGUGAAGUUCUAGAUUAAAUAUACAGCUUCUAAUGUAGCAAGCAUUCUGAAUUUUCUUUUAACUGAGGUGGUGAGUCAUGCUGAUUUUAUUUCGUGCACUAAAGAACAUGUAUCUAUCAGUUCAUAGUAAUAUUUCAUUAUUUUACCUUAUAAUUAAGAAGGUAACAUUCUGCCAUUAUGACCACAUUAUUGUACUUUUGUUUCUGAAGUAGAAUCACUUACAAUUUUAUGUUUCAGUUUUUAUAAUAAUGACCUAAACAUUACUUGGGAGAAAAGCUUCAGAGUUCAAAGUUAUUAAAUUAUUAUGACCUGUGAUCCUUCUCCUGUUCUGGUUAUAAAAACAAGUCAUUGUCAAAAAAUUUUGAGAAGUGUAGUUUACAAAUCCAGUCAACAGUAUAUCAUGACUUUAAUCUUAAUUGUACCUUCUUAAACACUGAUUUGUCAGAUUUUAUUAGCACUAUGCAAAAAUUGAUAUAUAUGAGAAUGUUUUGACUAACGUUUACAUAUAUUAAUGCUAAUGGGAGGAUAUGAACAAGCUAUACGUACAUGUUAAUACAUGUGAGAUCACUGAUUUGAUUGAGUUGCAAAAUCAUUACUGCCUGAAAAAGAAGAAAAAAAAGAUGUCUAUCAAUAUUUGGGUUAGGAUGCAAAAACAUUACUACCUACACGGCUUGAACAAAGUGAAUAACUGUCUACUACCAGGACAUUCCGAUUUUUUAAAUGUGUAGAAUCAUUUUAUGUGUACGCUUUUAAGUGUCUGUCUAUUAGCACAUACUUCAAAUGCUUUACCAGCAUUUUAGUUGGAAGUACUGUUCAGAAACUCAACAGGAAUGUUGUAAUACUUGCAGUCCUUUAAAAUUAAGAAGGUAAAUACUAGAGGCUAAUAUUACAAGUUAUGAUAAAAGUAGAUUUCUUUAGGUUCUUGGUAAUAACUGUUGUGAAUGUUCAACUGAAAAAAGUUAGGCUUUUAAAGAAAACAUUUAAAAGUGAUUGUCAAAUAUUAUUGAAGUUUUAUCAGUUACUUGUAUAUUUAUUCACCAACAAAAAAGCUAUCUAACUAUAGAUAUAGUUUAUCUUACCAUAAUCUAGUUAUGGCAAUUACACUAGUAUAAAAACAAAUUCAAAAUGUAGUUAGGUAGUAAGAGUUGUACCUUACAUCCAAGCUUUUAUUUAUUUAUAGUGGCUGAAUGUUUGGUCAUUGUUUCAUAAUUUUACCUAUAAGGUUUAUUUUGAAGUCCUUAAUAUUCAAGUACAUUUCUCUGUUCUGUCUUCCCAUAAGGUUUUAUUUCAGUCUAAAUAUAAUCUAGAUUACAAAAAUGUAUUUGGUAUUACAUUGAAGUGUGUGUGUAGGGGGGUAAGUAUUUGUGAAAUAUACACAACUAUCAGCUGUUGUAAUAAUAUUUCAAUCCCACAAAUAAAACAAUUUUCUUUUAAUGGUGUUAACCUGUUCAGAUAAAAGUGUUACUUGUGUCACCUAACACAUAAAGUCUUAGUCAUGUUGGUGUGUGGUUUGGAUUAUUUGAAGAAUUGUAAAAGGUUCAUUAAAAAAAUUCUGAACAAUAAAGCAUAAAUCUUUAGCUUUUAACAUGACGUAUUAAUGAAGUUUUUGGCUCAGACAAAUUAUAAGAAAUUAAACUUUAUACUUCUACCAGUAGUAGUUGUAUUAAUUUUAAAUGAUACUUUUGUUAUUUUUCUCAAUUGUUUAUCAUGUGCAGCUAAUUAGGUUACAAAAGGCAAUAUUUUAGUUUAAUAUAUAAACAGCUGUACGUUAGUUCAAUGUGUUUUAUAAAUCAUAAAACUAGGUAAACAGCAGGAAAAAUUUGUAUUUUAUAAAUAAAAUGUGACAAAUUUACUAUGGUAACUAUUUAACUACCAAUGGCAACCAACUUCAAUCAAAAAUAAUCUUCUUGUUAUAUUUCAAGGUAUGAUCUCUAAAUGUUAUUUUAUGUUCAUCUAUACUUUCCUAAUUUCUUAAGCAUCAUGAAAGAUUGCAUAGUCCUCUAAGUAAAGGGUUUUGAAUUAAAUUUAUUUUAGCUUAAAUAUUUAUUGUAGUGGACUAUGCAAAAAUCAUGGUUUAUUAAAUAUAAAAAAGGUUCCAUGCAACUCGUUGAAGGUUUUGUAGGAAGCCCAUUCAGCAGGUAGUUUUAAAUGUGUUUUCAGUUCAGUUUUUUUAUACAUAUAAAUGUAUAGAUCAUUAAGAUUCAAACAUUUAUGAUAUAAAAAAAAAAAGAUUAAUGCUGUAUGUAAACAUGUUUUUCACAGUUUUCAGGUAAGGACUUGAAUAGAAGUUCAUAAUUGAAUAACAUUAAUUAUUAGAUUACUUCAUGAAAAUUUGAAGACUGCACAUAUAUCUCACUCAUUUCUUCAAAAAAGAAAAAUUUCUAAACCUGCCAAGGGCCAAGACAGUAGUCUGUGACCAGCCCACUUUAAUAAUUAGACUUCUGUAUGUUUGUACAUCUGCAAGCUCUUUGUUAAUAACUAAAAUAACAGUGUGAUAUCAAAACUAUUGUAAUUUUUUUGUUGUUGUCCCUGUUCUUUUCCCAACUUCAGACUCCUGCAUGCCACUUCUGAAUAGCAGCAGUGACAUACAGGAUUGCUGUAAUUAUGACAUCACAUUUGGCAUUAAAGUAGAGAAUAUGUAUAAUGUA